GGCGGCGGCCGCGGACGGGACUCGGUGGCGGCGGCGGCCCGGGGGCAGCCGGGGGCAUUUUGUUUCCAGAGAUGUCUUUCAUCUUCGAAUGGCUCUACAACGGCUUCAGCAGCGUCUUGCAGUUCCUAGGUUUGUACAAGAAGUCUGGAAAGCUGGUGUUCCUGGGCUUGGAUAAUGCAGGGAAAACCACUCUGCUGCACAUGCUCAAAGAUGACAGGCUGGGUCAGCACGUCCCCACGCUACAUCCCACAUCAGAGGAGCUGACGAUUGCUGGAAUGACCUUCACGACUUUUGAUCUGGGUGGACAUGAACAAGCUCGCCGGGUGUGGAAGAACUACCUGCCUGCCAUCAAUGGGAUUGUCUUCCUGGUGGACUGUGCAGAUCACUCACGGCUUAUGGAAUCCAAAGUUGAGCUUAAUGCGUUGAUGACAGACGAGACAAUAUCCAAUGUGCCAAUCCUUAUCCUGGGAAACAAAAUCGACAGACCAGAGGCCAUCAGCGAGGAGAAACUGCGGGAGAUCUUCGGGCUCUACGGACAGACCACAGGGAAGGGAAACGUGCCACUGAAGGAGCUGAACGCGCGCCCCAUGGAGGUGUUCAUGUGCAGCGUGCUCAAGAGGCAAGGCUACGGCGAGGGCUUCCGCUGGCUAUCGCAGUACAUUGACUGACGCCGGCACGGACACGAGAGUCUCGCUCCUCUGGACUGAUCCUGUUCACUUCAGCUUCCUAUGGACUUUUCUAUUAGAACAUGGAAGGCUUUCCUGGCGUUGUCCAAGAGACUCCUGGUUUCCAGCUGCCCCUAUGGCACAGUGGUGACACCGCUCUUUUCCGCGCGGCGGGGAGGCAGCGCCGUCCCUGGCUUGUCCCUGCCACUGGGGUGACAGCGGGGCUGCUCCAGCCUGGGAAGGCAAAACUCUGCACGCUGCAGUGUAACAGCUGAAAAAGAGAGCACGUCUCACCACUGUGGUUAAUUGACUUCAAAAACAAACAAACAAACAAAAAAGCAGAAAAGGAAAAAAGCAAUUAUAUUUUUUAAAGAAAGUGUUAAUGUAAAUGGCGUCCCUUCUAACUUUUUAGUUUAACGUUCAUCUUGUUUAGUCCAGAGUCUGGUUUAGGGUUUUUUAAAAAUAUAUUUAACGGUAUUUAGGUAUUUCACAAAUUACUGAAGCAAGGUAUCACGAUAUUAGAAGUCCUCAAUAAACAUAGCAUUUGGGCUUAACUGA